AUGGUACGUGGCGAUUCUUUGAAUGAGUAUUUACAAGUCGCUGCAUCACCGAUGGUUUCGUUUCUUCCAUUUACGAUUGUUAUGCUUGGUUAUUUUGGCGAUGUCAAAUUUCGUUCGAUUCCGAUCGUAUUUAUCGCACUUGUAGUCGGAACAAUAUUUGCAUGGGCGACGUCGUUGAGUCACGCGUCGAAUGUACGAACAGCAGCAUCAAUCGUUAAACCGUCUCCACUUGUAUUUACAAUAAAGGAAAUCUUUGUGAAUUUGAACGAAAUAACUCCGUAUCUAUCGACAACCAUUCCAACGGCAAUUUCAAUUGCUAUUGGAACUAUUCAAUGUGUGGAAUCGGCAAGACGAGCAGGAGACUUCUAUCCAACAAGAGGAGCGAUGUUUGCAGAUGGAAUUGGAACUUGA